GCAAGUCUGCACUGGCUUCCACACUUACAAAAAAUUAGCUCGAGGUCCAUUGUCGGUUAUAUCUACCGACACUUGAGUCGAGGGUGUAAUGUGAUGGGCUUGCUUUGACAGUCUUUCUGUAGGAGUGAAGAGGUAAAGCUGUUCAUUAAGACGAAUGUCAGCUCCUAAAGUCACUCAGUUAUUGCAACUGGUCGUUGUAGCAUGCUUUUAUCAAGACCUUGCUGCAGGAAAUAUCUCCAGUAUGAUUUUACAGGUCUCAGAGACUCAGUAUACGUUCAAAACGAGUCUUUCGUUUAAUUAUCAAAACUUCUACAAAUGUCUAUGUCAAGAUUAUUCACGGACUCGAUCCUGUACUGCUCUGUUUUCAAACCUGACAGUCUCAGUCAUGAUUGGUAAUUCUUACUGGAAACGAUGCUUUAGGGUGCAAAAGAAAAACCAAAUAUCAAACGUUGAAAUUAACUGCGUGGUGAGAAAACCAGAAUGCAGCGUGGUGUCAUCUGGUACAUACAUUCAUUUAACUAGUUCAAACCUUCUGUGUGCAUCGGUAUGCGCCGCUGUGUUUAUAGGACAGGUUCCUGACCUUGCAUCAAAGUAUCGAGAUAGCCCUGUCUGGGAAUCCAGUGGAAUGUGUAGAACUCCUUGCUGCACCAAGAUCCUGCAGAGGGACCCGGAAAAGUCCACAUUAAAGACAACGGAGAAAGUGACUGAUAAGAUGACAGACAGAGUUAAAUACAUAGUGACUACAACCUCUGUUAGCUCAGAGCCUCUAGCAAUCACAUCACCUGAUACAGCCGGCUCUCAUGUCCAUAGUGAUGACACAGACAAACACACCGUCGUCAUUGCCGUCAGCGUCAUCACAGUUACCCUGGCAGUCAUCGCCAUCAUUAUUUCUUCUGUCGCUUGCUGGAAACACCGCACCCGAUCAAAAUCAUCCCAUCCCGGUGCUGAGCUCCUUGGUCUAAGUCAAGGGAUACUGAGCCAAGCCGCCGGGGAUUCCCACCCAUGGAAUGUCUACAGCGAUCUGAGCCGGAGAGACGCUGGCAGCAUCCACAGGUACGCUGGACUCACGCCGGGAUUCCGAGAAAACGAAGCAGCGAAUGUAAACAGCGAGGCAUGUGCGUCGGAGCCUGAUGCUCCCUACGAGACGUAUGGCAACGAAGAAUGUGUUGUCAACCCAAUUUACGAUGACGUUAAUGACAAUGAAAGAGGUUAUCUAGAAAUAACGGGAUAAACCUUAGAUUCAUUGAUGACUUUCAUUAGGACAGUGGAUCCAUUCAAUGACACGAAUGAAAUGGAUCAUAUGAUUGAUAUUGAAUGUUUGUUGUUCAUAGAUGACGGGUGAUAUGAAUGCUGUAGAUGGCAUGGAUGUUAUUAUGGCAUUAAUCAUAUUAUGUGAUAAAUAGUAUCUGGCAUAUGUAUGGCAUUAGAGAUAUAUAUAACAUAGAUAUAUAUUAACCUAUAUGGCUUUGAUGAUAAGUAUGGCUUUUAUGAUAUGUAUGGCUUUGAUGAUAUACAUGGCUUUGAUGAUACGUUAGGCUGUGGUGAUAGGUAAGGCGUUGGUGAUAUGUAUGGCUUUCAUUAUAUGCAUUGCUUUGAUGAUAUAUAUGAUUUUGAUGAAGUGUAUGGCUUUCAUGAUAUAUAUGGAUUCGAUGAUAUGUAGGUCAUUGGUAUAUAUGGCGUUGACGAUAUGUAUGAUUUAUUAAUGACGUGACGAAUAUGUAUGACAUUGUAAAAGCAUUGCUGAUGUGUAUGACCUUGAUGAUAUGUAUGUCAAAGCAUUGCUGAUGUGUAUGGCCUUGAUGAUAUGUAUGUCGAAGCAUUGCUGAUGUGUAUAGCCUUGAUGAUAUGUAUGUCAAAGCAUUGCUGAUGUGCUUGACCUUCUUGAUACCUAUGACAUUGAUUUUAUAUUUGACAUGGAUGUCAUGGAAAAAAUGUUUGAUAUAAAUUACGUGGAAUGUAUGCCAAUGAGACUGUUGACAUGGAUUAUCUGUAUGACAUUAUAUAACUAUGAGAUUCUUUUGAGCUAACAAUUUUUAGGAACAUAAACUAAAAAUAUCGCUUACAGGUAAAUUAUUACAUCUAAUCUCUAUUCGAGAUUAAACAAAAAAAUAAAAGAUAUUAAGACCACUAGUUUCUGUCAUAUAUAUUGUUAUGACCCUAUUGGCGGCGCAAAAGGGUUAACUAUAGGCUCAGCUGACACACACGUGAAUCAAUCAGGUCAGCGGGGCCAUGGACAAGGGACAGUACUACGAUUACACGAUUACACGCAAAUAUGACCAAUGUUAUGGUCAUGUGAUCGAAAGCCUGCGUGUACGAGGACACAGUGUGUAGGAAAGAACAGUUCAAGACCGGAGAGCGUCGAGACCGGGACUGUUAGUCGGCCAUGAAGUCGGUUCUGGUUGAGUCCUCAUGUGUUGAUGUACAAGUCCAGAAAGAGAGACAGUAGAGUUUUGUACGGUGAUGGACAGAGUGACAUUUUAGUUUUUGAUGUGUUUGAUGCCAAUUGUCUAGUAUUGGCUGUUACCUACUUAUUCACUCAUUAUUAAAGUACCCGAUAUUGUGGAGCUCUUGUUGUCAAGUUCUUGAUGUGUUGAUGUAUUGUGUUGUGUUUAGCAGUGCUUACAGAAGGCCUGAGUAGGAAGAGAGAUCGUAACACUGGUGUCAGAAGUGGGAUUUCCUAUGGCUUCUGUAAAACUGCUAGAUGAACUGAAUCUGAAAGAACUGAAACAAGAGCUGAAAUGGCGAGGACUGAAGUACUACGAAAGGAACAAUGAAACUCUUAAAGAACGUCUCCGGCAAGCCCUGGUGGAUGAAGAGGAAGAUCCGAACACGUACCUCUUUGAACUCGAACCUGAUGUGGUAGAGCUCUUGAUCACAUUUCAAAAACAGAUGUUGGCUGGCUUUCAGAAUGUGAUCAAUGGUGACUCGCAGAAAGAAACAGGUGAAGAAACCAGAGAAGAGACCGAGACCAAUAGCUCAACCAACGCUUUUGCUACAGACGUCCAUGACGUGAGUGCCUCCAUCAGCCAGAUAGAACAAGACAACGUCGUGUCUUACCUCAAGCCUGUAGCUGAAGACAUUAAAGACAUCUGUCAAUCUGUCAGUGCUGAUGAGAGGAACUCGAAUCCUGAUGGCUACACCCAGAUGUUAGGCAAGAACUUUGUGUGUCGAGCUUUGCAGGGAGAACGCCAACUCCAAGGAACCCAUGGGCAAGGUCUGCACCCAACAGACGUUUGUCCUGCUGACGAGACCAUAGUGAGAAGCCCUGAUGAUGGUCAAGUAAGUGAACUGGAGCCUGAUGCUGAAGAUGAGGGUCCUUCGCAAGUGGAGUGCUGCCAACUUGCUCCACUAGUUUGCCCUCCGGACAAGCCUGAAGAAGAUGUGUGCCACUAUUUCCCCUCCUGUGGACCUGAUACCCAUUCCCAAAUCCCAUCUCUUGAAAGUCCUAUGAAACAACCUGAUAGACCAACGAUCUUGGUGACCCCAGUCCUGACAUCUUAUCCCUCCCCAUGUGCUGGCUGGCUGCCUUCAGUAGUGAGCGACCGAAGAAGGCGAUGGUUGCUGAAUCCAAAGUGGAUGGCGAUGCAACCACGACGUCUGUGCAACCAGGUGAAGGUCAACUGGAGCAGAAGGAGAAAGAGACAUACGCAGUAUACAACGCAGAUGGCUCCAUCGAGAUGGCACUAUAAGCCUAUUGUCGCCCCCACCGAUAGACCUCCUCCUGCAUCGAUUCACCUCCACUGCCCAUGUCGUGUGAUAGAUUUUGUCCGGGACGGACAAAUCUGAGAAGGGGGCAGUGUUAUGACCCUAUUGGCGGCGCAAAAGGGUUAACUAUAGGCUCAGCUGACACACACGUGAAUCAAUCAGGUCAGCGGGACCAUGGACAAGGGACAGUACUACGAUUACACGAUUACACGCAAAUAUGACCAAUGUUAUGGUCAUGUGAUCGAAAGCCUGCGUGUACGAGGACACAGUGUGUAGGAAAGGGGCAGUUCAAGACCGGAGAGCGUCGAGACCGGGACUGUUAGUCGGCCAUGAAGUCGGUCCUGGUUGAGUCCUCAUGUGUUGAUGUACAAUUCCAGAAAGAGAGACAGUAGAGUUUUGUACGGUGAUGGACAGAGUGACAUUUUAGUUUUUGAUGUGUUUGAUGCCAAUUGUCUAGUAUUGGCUGUUACCUACUUAUUCACUCAUUAUUAAAGUACCCGAUAUUGUGGAGCUCUUGUUGUCAAGUUCUUGAUGUGUUGAUGUAUUGUGUUGUGUUUAGCAGUGCUUACAGAAGGCCUGAGUAGGAAGAGAGAAACGUAACAAUAUAUAUAUAUUUACAUGAUGUGACCUUAUCUUUAGCUUUUAGAAUUACAAUUAUGAGAGGCUUGUUAUAUUUGACAUGAUUCGUCAUUAUUUUUGUAUAAAGUAACGAAAGAAAGGGUUACUGUAAAUAAAAACAUUAUAUUCUUUUAAUUUAUAUUUCUUUCGUUGCUAUUAGUAUAUCCGUCAUGGAUUAACUGUCUUUUUUUUAAUUGUUGUCAUAUGUUCUAAUUUACUAGCACAUAGUAAUGCUUCGGGUACUAUCAAACAUUGUGGCAGACCCAAAUACGAUUUAUAUUGGAUAGAUUUUUCAUUUACAUUAUUUAAAUCUAUAUGGUAACAGCGAUAUUAACACUUGUAACACUUAUUAACGGUUAUUACCAUGGUUUUAAUAUUAGACGCCGCUAUCAAGUGAAGGAGAGAGGAUAAUGUUACAUGUAUUUAUUAUAUUUCGUGGUUAUUUCCCUUGCCCUAAAGGUAACUGCUAAAAGGAGGUUGCAACGAAACAUAAUUAAAAUUUUAAUUUCGAUCGGCAAAGAAUGAAAAAAAAAAGUAUAAAAAUGAAUUCGACAGCAUUUCAUCCAAUUACGAUUGUACUAUGCCUAUUGAUUAUAUAUUUUGCACAUACACUCUUUUGAGUGUUAGCAGAUAUGAAUAAAAUUUAGGACAUUUCAACACAUAAUUAUUGGUUUAAUUAAAAUUAUUUGAAGGUUUUGUUGAUAAAAGUUAAAAAAAAAUGACAGCCUUUUUAUUUUCAAUUCAUUUAAUAAUCGAUCUUUAGCUAGAACGAAUGAACGUUUGUAACAUGUCGCUUUGCAAAGCUUGCAGGUCAGGCUAGUAAGGUGAAGGCCGUGAGUUAUGUCUCCAUACUAAUCCAGGUUGCGGUUUCACUCUUUAUCUUUCACUGACCUAUAUACAAUCAAGUUUUCAUUGAAUUUAUAAGAUCACCUCUGUUCAAGUCAGAACUUCAUGGAACCUUGGUGGAGGGUGAAACCUGGACCCGGAUCUCAAAAACGGCUCUAAGACUAAGAUUGCGAAUGCUUUCUUGAUCCUUAUGGAAAUUUGUUGUGAUUACAAGGACUCGUAUAUUCUCGUAUAAAGACAACACAACAGAAACAUCCACAUACAGAGAACAAACACAACUUAAAGGAGUUCAUUCAGCGACUUCACACAGGCAUCUUGGUCACGAGUGGCGUUGCUAUAGUCUGACCGAGUAAAGAAACGAUUUUUCUAGAAAUGUAAAAACUAACGUAUAUUACUGAGAAAGGAAUUACGAAACUCUCGCUUGACCUUAUUAAUUUUUUUCAAUUAAAAACAAAGAAUUAUUAAACAAAUAUGGCUUAGUCAGCCGUAGUGUGCCGAUAAUUGAGUUGCUUAUUAAAUUUAUUGUUUCAGUUUAUUGAUAGAUUAUCUUAGCUUUUGUUAUACUUGUAUGUAAAUCUAAUCUAGAUAACAUCUAGAUUCUAGAUCUAGAAGUAGAUAUAGAGCUAGACUAGAUCUUCGAGUUCUAAAUUAGAAGUAGAUCUAGAUCUAGUUUUAGAUGUCUAUAUCAUGAAAGUAUGAAUAGAUAAGAAUACAUGUACACAAUUCUAGCUUUUGCU